AACCCAGUCACUAGCAGACACUUUCGCCAGGCAGCAUCAGGCAAGCUAUUGGGAGUUCCACACCUACGUCAUUGCCUGUGCGACCAAUCAGCAGUGAGAGGGAAAGUCCCACAGACAGACUGCCCUUCCCUCCCAGCGCUAAGGUCAUGUUUAUGUCUUCCAGGCGGGUCACGUGUCAGCCAAUAAGCUGGUCCGGCACAGAGCGAACGGGAAAAGUAAAUAAGAAACCGAAAGGCGAGUUAGAAGAGGCAGGAAGACGCUGAUAGCGGAGGAGUCCGUGUGGAAAUGGCUGUAAUGGGGACAGGAACGUAUCCAAUAAAGUUCCGAUGGAUGAGUAGCCGGUAGUGGCGGAGCGCACCUUUGCAGUCACGUGAGGCAGGGGUAAAGGUCCCGGAGCCGAGUGUUCCCUGUCAGUAUAGGCCGGGCCUGGGGCCGACAUGGAGUGCGAAAGGCUGGAUAGUCUAGACGGCUGGGUAGCAGUGCGGCCAAAUGCUUUCGAAGAGCCCGAGAAGUACAAGUUGGGCUUUAUCGUGGCCUGGAACCAGGUGGAGAGCAUGUUCGCAGUGACCUGCCAUAACCGGACCCUACAGAGGCAGAAGCGGAGAGAGGGGGAGGCCGGGGAGCAGAGCAGCUGGGCCGGACUCUACUCAGUGCAGGACCUGGAUUCCAUACACAGGCAGCUGAGCUCUGUAUGCAGCUCCCUAGAGCCCUGCUUCCCGCACCUCCCUGCGCCCUCCCCCGCCGGCAGCCUGUGGGCCCUGCUUUUCCCUGGGGCUCCGUGCUGGGAGUGCGGCCCGGAGGAGUUAGACGCAGUGUGCCGGGGCCUGGAGCGUUACUUCGGGGCGGCCAUUGAGCAAUGCGGCCGCAAGAUCGUGUUGGACGUGCUCUUUCCUGAGGAUGAAGACGACACCGAGCAGUACUUCGAGAAUCUGCACGAAUUCCACAAAAAGAGUCUGGAGGAGCAAGUGACCCGGGCUAAGGAGGAGCUGAGGCGGAUUCUUCAUCAGCACAAAAAUGCUGACAAAAUGACGUCUCUGCUCAAAAUUUACGAGGAAGAAGAAGGUGCCUUUAUGGAAUUAGUUACCGUGGCAACCCAGUUUUACCAAUACUUACUGCAGCCUUUCAGGGAUAUGAGAGAGCUUGCAAUAUUGUACAAGCUGGAAAUAUUGAAAUCCCUUGAAUUGGAUGACCUAGGGCCUAAAAGAAUAGAAGCUCUUCAGAAGGAGGUGGAUAAAUGGGAUGCAAGAGCAGAAGAGGCUGUGUGCUCUAUACAGAACAUAACUGUCAGUUAUUUCAAGGAAACUUCAAAGGCUUUGGCAGCAAUGCAGAAACAAAUGGAGCAAGAUGGAAUGAGAUUUGGUCAUACCACAUGGGCAUCGGCAUUGCCCAGGCUGGAGAAGCUGAAAUCCAUGUUGGCAAAGGAAACGCUCCAGUACAUGAGAUCCAAAGAGCUGUGCUUGAAUCAGAAGAGGGCAGAGAUCAAGAGAAAUAUGGAAAGCCUUUCUGAUACAGAAGGUGCUAUGAUGCGAUUAGACGAACUUGAGCUGCAGUAUUAUGAAACACAGCUGGAACUCUAUGAUGUUCAGUGCGAGAUUCUCAAGUAUGAAGAAAUGUUACUUAUAGCAGAGUUGGACACCCUGCGGAGACAAAUGAAAGAAAAGCAAGAAGAGGUGUUAUACUAUGAUACAUGCGAAGACCCUCAGGAGCUUCAGGUGUAUGAAGAAUCACAAACUCAGUGCUCUGUGUCCAUGAAACUGAAGAAGAAAGCUCAGCAAUUGGAGACUAAACGUGGUAAUAUUUGUGCCAGGCGAGCCUUGCUAAGGAGCAAGAAGGAUCAGUGUGUGGAGACACAGGAGUUAAAGCUAAAACAGUCUGAAGAAAUGCAGAAACGCCUUCACCAGCACCAUUCUGUGCAGAUGAAAAGGGACAAGAAGAGAGAAGAGGAGAAAAAGAAAAAGGAAUGGGUAGGGCAGGAGCGUCAGAAGACACUACAGCGGUUAAAAUCAUUCAAACAUAAAAGUGAAUCACAGUUUGUAUUAAAGUCAUCUCGGACACAGUCAUCUAUAUCAAGUUUACAACACGCUAAAGCUACACAAGCAUCAAAAAAAACCAGUGGCCAAGAUGAUGUGCCUGUUAAGAUAUUUCUUCCAAAUGGAGGAGGACCUGAGCCUAGAUCAUCCAGUGAUGGUGCUGAUAGAACAGGCCAACACUUUCUACCACCUCCAACUCUCCCUCCACCUCCACCGUCUCUUCCACUGCCCACUCUUCUUCCCACUCCUCCACCACCACCGCCGCUGCCGCCACCACCUCCUCCUCCACCUGCUCCUCCUAUGGCACCACCUUUACCUCUCGCAGUACAGAAUUUGAGGCACAUUGAACCUCAGAUGCUGAUUUGUGAUGAAGUUGCACAAGACAUUACUGCAAUAACACUAAAAAAGUCUUCAAAUCAGUAUUCAGGUUCCAUGGAGGAGGUACUGGCAUCAUUAAAGCGAGGGGAAAAUCUUCUGCGCAAAGUCGAACAGCCACAGCCUGAUGUGAUUGAUGUCAGAGACACCAUCCUAAGUGCCAUUAGACAGGGAGUAAAGCUGCGGAAGGUUCACAGAGAAGCUAACAAGAAGCCAGAAAAUGAACUUGAGAGAAGCAUCAAGGCAGCCAUGAAAAGAAUGAAAAAAGUAUCUGCAGACUCUGAAGAUGAAGAAAAGAGUGAAUACAUCAGCGGGGAAUGGGAUAACUAAUAGAACCUGCACUGAUAGACAAUGUCCAUAUACCCCUUUUGUACCCACUGAGUUAGAUUCACUGCAUUGCACCUUAUUUUUACAACACAUCAAUUUGCCUUUAUUACUAGUGACUAAAGAAUACAUUUCCAUGAAUUACAUGUUUUACAUUAAUAUCAACAGUAUAGAAAACAUCUCAUUAUUUAUAGCAUGAGAAGCCUUCCCCUGAUUCUUUGCAUUCUGUGUAUUUUUCAGUAAAGGCACAGACGUGAAGGAUAUACAGUGACUGCAGGUGUGUUUUUUUUUAUUUAUGUUGCAGGUCUUAAAGCCUGACAGUAGGAUGGAAUUUCCCUGGAAGUUUACUGAAAAAUAUACCCAAUUAUACCCAAGUGGUUGAAUUUCUGUUUUCACAUAGGUAUAUAGCAAUACCAGUAUGAUUUUUUCUUUAUAGAUAUUCACAUGUAACAGGUAUGGGAUCUCUUACCCUGGAAUGCUUGGGAUUUGGUGUUUGCUGUAGAAGGGGCUUUCUGGAUUUGAAGUCUUUACAAGAUUAUGAAAUCUAUUUAUUAAGCUGUGUAAAAUGAUUUACAUAUUUACUUUAGAAAAAGUGUACAAAGUGGUUUAAUAUAGCUUAUCAAUAAAGCUAUGUAUUUUCUUUUUCA